AUGCCUUUCAUGAAAGGUAAAGCUCCGAUCAGGAGAUCUUUACAAUACCUGAAUGCCUGCCAACUAAUGUUAAAAGACAAAGUUAAAAUCUUUAGCGUAAAUUACAAUACUUACGGUGAACAUCAUGAGGGAGCCAGGGAUUUUGUUUUUUGGAACAUACCUCAAAUACAGUACAAAAACCCAAAGGUGCAAGUGGUAACAUUUAAAAAUAUGACUCCUUCUCCAUUUAUUCGAUGUUAUUUUGAAAACGGGAAACAAAUGUUAAUUGAUAUUGAUAGUAAAAACAGGCAGGAAAUUAUUCAACAUUUAACUACGGUUGUGGGGAAAUCCGAAGAUGUCCUAAAGGCGGAAGCAAAACUUGCUGAGAAGCAGGAUAAUCCAGCAAACUUUGGUGUUGGUUGUAUGAAGCACUGCAUUUGCGAAAUCCCAGGUCAGCUGCCGUGUCCUGGCGUAGUACCGGUACCAAAGCAUAUGCGAGGAAAGUUCAAGUAUCAAAUGAAAGAAUAAGAUGUCUUGCUAGUGCAAAACUGUCAACUAUUGUCGGAGUAAAAGAUUUAGCUUACUAGUUCACACAUUUCACAUUUUUUAUUUCUCAUCUAUAGCAAAUAAUCCUCUGACUUGUAAGUAAUUAUUUUAA